AUGACGAGAUGUUUCUUCGUUCUUCAUCUGGUUUCCUGUUGCCUUGCUGCCAACUGGGUCAAAAUUAUGAGACCUACAAUAACCUGGGAAGAAAUGGAUAUAUCACAAGAAGGAGAACGCAAAUUCUUCUGCGGUCAAUUCGAUUCAUCCUAUACUGGAAGAUAUCACUGGAGAUACAAUGGAUCCUCGAUUCUUCCAGAGCGAACUCAGAUCCAUAAAAAUGAAUUUGUGUUUCUAUCGGGAGCAAAUGCAAUACGGAAUCAGUUACCAGGAGAAUAUGAGUGUUGUGUUCGAGAAGACCUUGGAAAUGCUUGUUACUCGAGAAUGAUUGUGGUACAGAACCGAACCGACAAUCACAAUAUUGACAUGACAAACUCGACUCUUCUUCUAGCAGAAGAAGGACACACUUACUAUAUCAGAAUGCACGAUGUAAAGAGGAUAGAAGGGGUGAAGUGUACACUUGAUGGUGUGAAUAUUGACAACUUCAAGUACCCGGUGGGUUUUUUGGUUGAUGAGGCGUCGAAUGACUCUAAAAAGUUGCAGUUUUUAUCGAGGGAAACGAAAAAGACGGUCCCAUAUCAUCUGAAAAUCGAAAACAUCGAGAAUGGAGGAGAAGUGAAAUGUGAUUUACGUCUUCAUAAAAAGGAAGUUAUCGAGAAAAAGUUUGACAUCCGAUUACUCGGUGCAUUCGUUUCUUCUGCUUCUACUGUAUCUCAUCUCGUAGUUUCAAUUAUAGUUUGUUUCAUUUUCAGGUUUUAA